AUGAAAUCGCCGGAAGCUUGGCAUCAAAGCCAUCAGCACACCACUUACAACACAACAAAACAAGUCCUGGUGGAAUGUGCCCGCCAAAACCAGCCAUAUACGCAAUUGUGCGCCCGCCUCUUAAGGAGGGAACAAGGGAAAUGCGAAACAACAUCACAGCUACGCCGUAUGGGUCCCUGCGCUCUCGUCUUUUCAACAUCCGCAGUGAGGCCUGCUGAUUCAGGGAUUGAACUGCACAACUUCGUAAAAUGGGAGUGA